AUGGCCGACUACCAACAAGACAGAAUGCCUCCGAGGCGGCCACAGGAGUACGGCCAACAUCCUCCUCAGCGAGAUGCCGCCUACGCCAACAUCUUCGGCGCCUCUCCAGGCCCCGGCCGAUCGCACACGAUGACCUCCUCGUCGCAGCCCCCUCCGAUGAUGCACUCCGAUCGAACCCAGACGAUGUCCUCGAUGUCCUCGAUGCAACGGAUGCCUCCUCCUCGAGCACCCCCGGGGCCCGGAUACGACCGAACCCGGACGAUGGACUCGAGCAUGGCAAACGGGUAUUACCCAGGGCAAAGAACUAUGCCUCCUGGGCCACAAGUGCCAUCUCAACAGUACCUGCAGCAGCAACGGCAGCCUCAGGGCCCGCCAGGCCGGUAUCCUCCCGGGCCCAUCCCCCCAAGAUUCGAUCAGAGAGGACCACCAGCAGGCGCAUACGGAGCUCGAACGCCGGCACAGAGAUUCUAUCAGAAUGGUGCAGGCCCUGCUCCCGCGUUGAACUCCGACUCGUACCGAUCCCAGUCCCUCGCCGGUCCUCCGAGGCAGCCGAUGUAUCAGCCCCAAGGCGGCUCACAGCAGGCCCCCGCCAAUGCCUUCCGACAUGCACCGUAUAGUUCGACCUCUUCUCGCACAACCGCGCAGGGUCGCGUGGUGCCCGAACGCCAUGAUGAGAGGGCCAUGUCAAUGACCGGUGGCUAUCCCGGACACGAACGUGAUGCGCAUCAGACCAUGAGCGGAAGGGUCAUCCCAAAUAGGCGUGCGCCUUCGGUAGAGGUCUCACAGGACGGACAGAAUGGGUACAACGGGUACGCGCCUGCUCCAGGGGCACAGACGAGGUCCAGUGUGCAGUCGUCGGCCAGCGGAGACAGCGGUAGAACCAUGUCUAUGGCUUCCACCAUUGCGCCCUCCAUAUCCGAAAGAUCUGACACCACCUUGACACAUCGUCCAUCCAUGAGCUACUCUACCGUAGAUGGGGUGGAACGGCCGCCCACGGCAAAGAUACGGCCACCUCUGGUUUAUCCUGCGCUUUUGUCUCGGGUGGGCGAGUGUUUCCGGGAGAAGAUCAUAACCGGCGACCGCACGAAAAACGAACUGACCUACAAGAACGCAUUCAGUGGCUCAGAGGCGGUAGACGUGCUGUCAUACAUAAUCAGGACCACAGACCGGAAUCUUGCCUUGUUACUCGGCAGAGCAUUGGACGCCCAGAAGUUCUUCCACGAUGUCACGUACGAGCACAGGCUUCGAGACUCGGCUUCUGAAAUGUAUCAAUUCCGGGACAUUAUGAUGGAAGAAGGCAGCGACAAGCCUCCAGUGAACGGUGUCUUCGUCCUCUUGUCCGAAUGCUACUCGCCAACUUGCACACGAGACCAGCUUUGUUACUCGAUCGCCUGUCCGCGACGCCUGGAGCAAGUCUCGCGGCUGAAUCUGAAGAUAGGCGCCGGACUGAAGAAAGAAGAAGCCCCGCCAAACGACGACGAUGAUGUGGAUCAGACGGACGAGCAGAAACUCUGGAUCAACACGGUGCCAAAGGAGGUUGCCGAUAGCGUGUCUGAUAAGGAAAAGAAGAGGCAAGAGGUCAUAUCGGAGAUCUGCUACACAGAACGGGACUUCUGCAAAGAUUUGGAGUAUCUGCGAGACUUUUGGAUCAAUCCUCUUCGAUCGAAAGCAUCGCCUAUUCCUUCUCAACGGAGGGAAAAGGUGGUGCGCAAUAUUUUCAGCAACAUCAUUGAUCACCCCAGUAUCCAUGCUGUGAGCUCCAAGCUGGCCAAAGGCCUCACGGAUCGGCAGCAGAACGGCCACGUCGUGCGGAAUAUCGGUGACAUAUUUAUGGAAUGCGUUCCGCUGUUCGAACCUUUUAUAUUGUACGGCUCAAAGCAACUGGAGGCCAAAUACGAGUUCGAGAACGAGCGAUCGAUAAAUCCGCAAUUCAGCCGGUUUGUGGACGAGAUUGAGAGGCGGAAAGAGUCCAGAAAGCUGGAGUUGAACGGUUACUUGACCAAGCCAACGACCAGAUUAGCGCGGUAUCCUCUUUUGCUCGAGAACAUCCUCAAAUACACAGAAGACGGAAACCCGGACAAAGACGACAUACCAAAGGUGCUGGUCAUGGUGCGUGACCUCUUGACCAGGGUCAACGCUGAGUCUGGAAAGGCGGAGAACCGGUUCAAUUUGCGGCGUCUGCAUGACCAGCUCAAGUUCCGACCGAACGAGAAGGUGGACUUGAAGUUGACCGACGAGGGUCGUGAACUGGUCUUCAAGAGCAAUUUCAAGAAGUCGCCAACAGAAAAUACGGAUAUAACGGCAUUCCUUUUCGAUCACGCUGUUCUGCUAGUCAGGAUAAAGCAAGUUGGCAAAGCAGAAGAAGUCAAAGCGUACCGCCGGCCAAUUCCGUUGGAGCUACUGUCCAUCAAGGAGAUGGAGGAAGUGAUACCUUCAGCAGGCGCCCCCCGGAGAUCUACCUCUGGCUUGCUGCCAAACAUAAGAAACGAAGUCGGCAAGAAAGGAGAGGGCUGGCCCAUUACGUUCAAGCACAUGGGCAAAAUGGGAUACGAGCUGACCCUGUACGCGUCCACGCAAACCGGGAGGCAAAAAUGGCUCGAGUUCAUCGAUGCUGCGCAGCAAAAGUUAAGGGCGCGCGUGGACUUCCUCAACACCACAAUGAUUUCACAAGCGUUCUUCACGGGCGUGAACAAAGUCAACUGUGUUGCUCCUUUCGACGGCGGCAGGAAAUUGAUCUACGGCACCGAUGCUGGUAUCUAUGUGUCGGAUCGCAAGUCUGGCGGCCAGCCCCGUAAAAUCUUGGAGGCGACCAACGUCACCCAGAUCGACGCGCUCGAGGAGUACCAGCUUCUCUUGGUGCUCUCAAACAAAUCGCUCAUCUCGUACAACCUGGCAGCGCUUGACCCCAACGAGUCCGCUCUAUCCAAGAAGCCCAAGAAGAUCCAAAGCCACUGCAGCUACUUCAAGGCAGGCAUCUCCAUGGGCAGGCAUCUGGUGUGCUGUGUUAAGCCCACGACACUUUCAACCACCAUCAAAGUGUACGAGCCGAAUGAUGCUAUGUCCAAGAGCAAGAAACAAAAAGGUUUCAGCAAAAUGUUCAACGCUGGCCAAGACGAGCUCAAACCGUUCAAGGAAUUCUACAUCCCAACAGAGUCCACAUCUGUGCACUUCCUGAAGUCGAAGUUGUGCGUGGCAUGUGCCCGCGGUUUUGAGGUCGUAUCCUUGGAGACCCUUGAGACGCAGUCCCUGCUCGAUCAGGCUGACACGUCGCUGGACUUUGUGGCUCGAAAGGAAGCCGUGAAGCCGAUUCACAUCGAGCGCCUCAAUGGCGAGUUCUUACUUAACUACUCCGAAUUCUCGUUCUUCGUCAACCGAAAUGGUUGGCGAGCAAGGCCCGAGUGGAGAAUUGAUUGGGAAGGCACGCCACAUAGCUUUGCGCUAUCUUACCCCUGGAUUUUGGCUUUCGAGCCCAACUUCAUCGAGCUUAGGAAUAUUGAAUCUGGUGCAGUGCAUAUCGUGCCGCACAAGAACAUUCGCAUGUUGCACAGCAGCACACAUGAGAUACUGUUCGCAUAUGAAGACGAAAAGGGCGAGGACGUCGUUGAAGCCAUGGAUUUCUGGAAGAGUCAAAGGAAGAGCGUUAUGCCUGAUGGCGCGAUGAACUCACCGGUCGGACAUUAUGCCAGAAUUACACAAUAG